CCAGAGAUAGUAAAGAAACAGAAGCAGAAGAUGGUUCAGAUAUUUCAACAGGACACAAAUGCAAAAAUACUUCUAAAUUGACCCUGAGAGACAGAGUGAGCUCAAACUUGAGUGCAUGCAAAAAGACCAAAGAUUAUUUCUGAAAUCAAAUAAUUUGGGCAGGGGAACCUAAAACAGAAAGACUCUGAUGGCUAGAAGACAGCUUUGGAAGAUGUGGUCUUUUUAAACUCAACUCCGGAACACCUAACAUACUAUUUAUAUAAACAUAAGUGGAGCGGUCAUUUGGUCGUUUAGUUAAUUUAUCUGGUACAUUCUAUUCCCUUUGUGUUUAAAUUAUUCAAUAAAGUGAAAAUACAAACACAAUCUAAGUAUAACAUUUUAUAUUCCAUGGUGUUACUCUGGAUGGGAGGGUCUCUAAGAGAGAAGUUCUUACAUAUACAUGGUAUAUAUAAAAUGUAUAACAGAGAGGGAAUGAAAGAUACAUGCAGAUUAUUAAAUGUACGUCUUUGCUGCAUGUUACUUAAACAUUUCCUGCUGAUACCGUAAGUGACUUGGCUUCAGUGUUCUCUCAAACAGAAUACAACCACUAUCUUUCACACAACACUUCUGUUAAGACUUAGUAUAAAAUGCAAGUCACUCACACUGGGUGGAGAGAUCUUUUUUUGGACGACUGUAUGACAUCUUUGCUUUUACAUGCAUUGUACAGCUACUAAAAGGAUGGCCAGCUGCACUGCUGUCUAUGAAAAUUUUGGCAACCUGCGGAUUGCUGAAGAUGUCCCUUCAAGACAAAAUAGUGUCUGGUCUAAUAAGACCUUGCUAGUUACCCUGGCACUUUGUAUUACAGCCCUGGUGGUGUUUCUUUCAGUAGGAGGUGUCGCCUAUCACCAAAUCAAUGAAGAUUUUCAAGAAAUGCAAGAGCAAAUCAACAUGAUCAAUUUGACCCUGAUGAUGUUAAGCUGGGAUUUAUAUUCUCUCAAAGGCAACAUGUCCAGUUCCUGCCCUGUACUGUGGCAUAUGAACAAAGGAAAGUGUUUUUUCUUCUCCUACAAAAAAAGGACAUGGUCCUCAGCAGAGAAAUCCUGCUUAAAUGAAAAAGCAAAUCUAGCAGUGAUCAACACCCAAGAGACACAGAAGUUCCUCUCAAGAUUUAGACUAAAGUUAAAUUUCUGGAUUGGACUUCGCUACAAUGAUUCUAACUGGAAAUGGACUGAUGGCUCAACUCUGCACACUUCUGAGACAUAUUGGCAACCUGGUCAACCAUCACAUCUGCUAAAGAACAACUACUGUGUGUACAUGUCACCUGAAUCCAAUGGUUCACUCUGGGCAGUAGCAAAAUGUGAUGAACAUAAACACUGGAUAUGUGAGAAGCUGGCAGCCUGAGGGGCUACCAUCCCUUUCACUCUUACCUUAAGCUUAAGCCUUCAUCACACUUCAUGGUCAGAGUACUCCUUGGCUUGGUAUUGUGAACUCUGGAUUAUAAAAGGUAGCAAAGUAAAUAUGUAUGGUAGUGUUACAUUCCCUUUAAUAAAGUGAUGUUUA